AUGUCGUCCGUUCCCACAAACUGUACUGCGACGGGCAGCGACACAGGGGCUACAAGAAAAUUCGACCUUGACGGCAACGAUCUGCCACCAUCACCAGCACCUUCAAGUCCACGGAACGGCCGGCGGCGUUAUGCUUUGGCAACCGAGUUGGUGUACACAGAAAGCAAAGACCAGUAUGGUGCUUCCAGCAUCCCCAUCUACCAAUCGGCCACUUUUAAGCAGACGUCUGCUGCCGGUGGACAGCAAGAGUUUGACUACACAAGGUCCGGAAAUCCGACUCGAAGCCAUCUCGAGAGACACCUUGCCAAAAUCAUGAAUGCCAAUCGCGCCUUAGCCGUCAGUUCUGGAAUGGGUGCUCUGGACGUCAUCACCCGAUUGCUUCGGCCUGGAGAUGAAGUCAUCACGGGAGACGACCUUUACGGUGGAACCCACCGUCUGCUCACAUAUAUGGCGACGAACCAGGGAAUCGUUGUUCACCAUGUUGACACCACCAGAGUUGAUGCUGUCCAAAGUCGCAUGUCUGACAAGACUGCGAUGGUACUGUUAGAAACACCAACGAAUCCUUUAAUCAAGAUUGUCGACCUGACUUCUAUUGCACGAUUGGCGCAUGAUGCCAACCCCAAAGCAAUGGUAGUGGUUGACAACACCAUGCUGUCCCCGAUGCUAUGCAACCCACUGGACUUGGGAGCUGACAUUGUGUACGAAUCGGGCACCAAAUACUUGUCGGGCCAUCACGACAUCAUGGCUGGGGUCAUUGCUUGCAACGAUUCCGCCAUUGGAGACAAGUUGUACUUCACCAUCAAUUCAACCGGCUGUGGCCUUUCUCCCAACGAUUCAUUCCUGCUCAUGCGAGGAGUCAAAACAUUGGCUAUCCGCAUGGAAAAGCAACAGUCAAGUGCUCAGGCAAUUGCCGAAUUCCUUGAAUCACGUGGAUUCCGGGUGCGCUACCCUGGCCUUAAGUCACACCCGCAGUAUCAUCUGCACUGGUCUAUCGCCCGAGGAGCUGGUGCAGUUUUAUCGUUCGAGACCGGUGACGCGGCUGUCUCGCAGCGCAUCGUGGAAGCUGCCAGGUUAUGGGCAAUAAGUGUCAGCUUCGGCUGCGUGAAUAGCCUUAUCAGCAUGCCGUGCCAGAUGAGCCACGCAAGCAUAGAUGCCAAGACUCGAAGAGAAAGACAAAUGCCAGAAGAUAUCAUCCGUCUCUGUGUCGGUAUAGAAGAUGCGAAUGACCUAAUCGAGGAUCUGUCUCGCGCGCUGGUUCAAGCGGGUGCGGUAACUGUGACUCUAGACGGUUUUCACGCCACUGGUCCUGCUGAGCAGCUUGGUAAAAUACCACUCAGUGCGGAGUAG